CCAUCCUCGCUAGUAAGUAUCUACCUGCUGAAAUGGCUCCAGUGCAAAUGGGCUCCGACGGGCAGCUCGUCUCUCUCGGCGGUCCGCCUCAGGCUCCUCAGCCCCCUGGGGCCCACGGGGUCCGACUGAGCCUGCUCAUCGAUUUCCUCCUGCAGAGGACGUACCACGACAUCACCCUGCUGGCCGAGCUUUUGCCGAGGAAGAAUGACAUGGAAAGGAAAAUUGAAAUUGUGCAGUUCGCCAGCCGAACCCGCCAGCUGUUUGUCCGCCUGCUGGCACUGGUCAAGUGGGCAGGGAAUGCUGGGAAGGUGGAAAAAUGUGCGAUGAUCUCCAACUUCUUGGAUCAGCAGGCCUUCCUGUUUGUUGACACAGCAGAUAGGCUUGCGUCACUGGCCAGGGAUGCCCUGGUUCAUGCCCGCCUGCCGAGCUUUGCCAUUCCUUUUGCCAUUGACGUGCUAACCACGGGCUCCUACCCACGGUUACCCUCGUGUAUUCGGGAUAAGAUCAUUCCGCCAGACCCAAUCACCAAGCUGGAGAAACAGACCACCCUGAACCAGCUCAACCAGAUCCUGCGUCACCGUCUGGUCACUACAGACCUGCCUGCACAGUUGGCCAACCUCACUGUGGCCAAUGGACGAGUGAAGUUCCGCGUGGAGGGCGAGUUUGAGGCUACGCUGACUGUAAUGGGGGAUGACCCAGACAUUCCCUGGAGGCUCCUCAAGCUUCGCAUUCUGGUUGAGGACAAGGAAACGGGAGAUGGCCGGGUGCUGGUACACAGCCUGCAGGUGAACUUCAUCCAUGAGCUGGUGCAGUCCCGUCUAUUCGCUGAUGAAAAGCCUCUGCAGGACAUGUACAACUGCUUGCACUCAUUCUGCCUGGCCCUGCAGCUGGAGGUACUGCAUUCACAAACCCAGAUGCUUAUCCGUGAGCGCUGGGGGGACCUGGUCCAGGUGGAGCGCUACGUCCCUGCCAAGUGUCUGACCCUCUCUGUAUGGAAUCAACAGGUCCUUGGGCGAAAGACGGGAACUGCAUCUGUUCACAAGGUUGACAUUAAAGUCGAUGAGGCAGACACCUCCAAACCGCUUCAAAUAUCCCAUGAGCCUCCGCUGCCAGCCUGUGACUCUCGGCUAAUGGAACGAGCCAUGAGGAUUGACCAUCUUUCAGUGGAGAAGUUGUUGAUUGACAGCGUUCAUGCACGCUCUCAUCAAAAGCUUCAGGAGCUCAAAGCCAUACUGAGGAGCUAUAACCCCAACGAUAACUCCUUUAUUGAGACUGCUCUCCCUACCCUGGUUAUUCCCAUCUUGGAGCCAUGUGGCCGCUCUGAGUGCCUUCACAUCUUUGUAGAUUUACAUUCUGGAAUGUUCCAACCAAUGCUGUAUGGAACUGACCAGUCCAUGCUGGAUGACAUUGAGAAGUCCAUUAAUGAUGACAUGAAGCGCAUAAUUUCCUGGCUACAGCAGCUCAAGUUCUGGUUGGGGGAGCAGCGAUGUCGGCAGUCGGUGAAACACCUUCCCACAGUGUGCAGCAACACACUACACCUGGCCAACACUACAUCCCACCCUGUUGGUGCCCUUUCUAAGCAUCUGUUGUUCAUCAAGCUCACCCGCCUCCCACAGUACUACAUUGUCGUUGAAAUGUUUGAGGUUCCUGGGUGCCCCACCGAGCUGGAGUACAAAUACUACUUCCUGUCAGUAAGCCAGCUGGAGAAUGAGGAUGGUCUAUCAAGUGCUCAGCUCCUUCAGCAGUAUAAACCCAACUUGGAGGAGCUGGUCAUGGAGACAACGUCAAGCAGGGGGCCCCGGCUAGGCACCAAGAGGAAGCAGCUUUCAGGUGACCGGGGAGCUGUGGAGCCUAAGAAGCCCAAACGAUCAGGGGAGAUGUGUGCCUUCAACAAGGUGCUGGCCCACCUGGUGGCCAUGUGUGACACCAACAUGCCCUUCAUCGGCCUGCGAUGUGAGCUAUCCAACAUGGGAAUCCCACACCAGGGUGUGCAGGUCGAGGGGGAUGGCUGCAGUCAUGCCAUUCGUAUCCUGAGGAUCCCCCCAAGUAAGGGUGUCAGUGAGGAUACGGCCAAGACCUUGGAGAACUGUCUGCUGGACUGCACAUUCCGACUGCAGGGCCGCAACAACCGCACUUGGGUGGCUGAGCUUGUCUUCUCCAACUGUCCCCUUAGCAGCACCUCCAGCAAGGAUCAGACCCCCACACGCCAUGUGUACCUGACAUAUGAGAACCCGCUUUCAGAGCCAGUGGGUGGGUUAAAGGUGGUGGAGAUGUUCCUGAGUGACUGGAACAGCAUCAGCCAGCUGCACCAGUGCGUGCUGGAACUGGCCCGCUCGCUGCAAGACAUGCCCUCCUAUCUGAGCCUUUUCUCUGAGAUCCGGCUAUAUAAUUACCGCAAGCUGGUCCUAUGUUAUGGCAGCACUAAAGGUAGCUCGGUGACAAUACAGUGGAAUUCUGCCACUCAGAGAUUUCACCUGUCCCUGGGAACAGUGGGGCCCAACUCAGGCUGCAGCAACUGUCACAACAUCAUCCUCCACCAGCUGCAGGAGAUGUUCAACAAGACUCCCAAUGUGGUACAGCUGCUGCAGGUUCUCUAUGACACCCUGGCCCCACUCAAUGCCAUCAACAAACUGCCCACAGUGCCCAUGCUUGGCCUGACCCAGAGGACCAACACAGCUUAUCAGUGCUUCUCCAUCCUGCCCCAGUCACCCACGCAUAUCCGCUUGGCCUUCCGCAACAUGUACUGCAUUGAUAUAUACUGCCGCAGCCGGGGUGUUGUAGCCAUACGCGAUGGGGCCUAUAGCCUUUUUGACAACACCAAGAUUGUAGAGGGCUUCUACCCAGCACCAGGCCUUAAGACAUUCCUCAACAUGUUUGUGGACAGCAACCAGGAUGCACGGCGACGUUCGGUCAAUGAGGAUGACAACCCUCCAUCGCCAGUUGGUGUGGACAUGAUGGACUCGCUUAUGCCCCAGCUCCAGCCCCAGCAGUUUCCAAAGCAGCAGCCAGGGCCCAGUGUGUAUCCUCCUCUCACAUCCCCACCCACCCCUUACCACCAGAAUGUCACUCCAUCACCCUCCAUGAUGCCCACACAGUCUCCAGGGAACAUCCAUGCUGCCAACUCUCCCAGUGGGGCUCUUCGUGCACCCUCUCCAUUUGGACCAACCCCAUCUCCCUCCUCUCUGGGUAUUUCUAUGGGCCAGACCUCUAAUUUUGCUAGCCCACAUGGAGCUCUGGACCCCAGCUCUCCCUACACUAUGGUUUCCCCUAGUCAGCGUGCUGGCACCUGGCCUGGCUCCCCGCAGGUGUCUGGACCUUCUCCUGGUGCUCGCAUUCUUGGUAUGUCACCUGGCAACCCAUCGCUCCACUCCCCUGUCCCGGAUGCUUCGCAUUCUCCUCGUGCUGGACCCAGUUCCCAGGCUAUGCCAACCAAUAUGCCUCCGCCACGUAAGCUACCUCAGCGCUCCUGGGCAGCCUCCAUCCCCACCGUACUUACUCACACUUCCUUGCACGUGCUGCUCCUACCUUCACCCAUGCCUGCAUCCUGUCUGGUGCCGGGACUGGCUGGCAGUUACCUGUGCUCCCCAUUGGAGCGCUUCCUCGGAUCUGUCAUCAUGAGGAGGCAUCUACAGCGCAUCAUCCAACAGGAGAAUCUCACUAUUGUGAGUUCCAAUGAGCCAGGUGUGAUCAUGUUCAAGACAGAGGUGCUCAAGUGCAGGGUGGCACUCAACCCCAAGACCUACCAAACACUGCAGCUGAAGGUGACCCCUGAGAAUGUGGGCCCUUGGUCCCAGGAGGAGUUGCAGGUGUUGGAAAAGUUCUUUGAAACCAGGGUUGCAGGACCUCCCUUUAAGUACAAUACACUAAAUGCCUUCACCAAACUGCUGGGGGCACCUACUAACAUCCUCAGGGACUGUGUGCGCAUCAUGAAACUUGAGCUGUUUCCAGACCAGGCUGCUCAACUCAAGUGGAAUGUGCAGUUCUGCCUGACUAUACCUCCCAGUGCCCCUCCCAUUGCUCCACCAGGGACCAUCGCGGUGGUCCUCAAGUCUAAGAUGCUAUUCUUUCUCCAACUGACCCAGAGGCUGCCCCUGGCCCAGGAGCCCGCAUGCAUCAUUGUGCCCAUUGUGUACGAUAUGGCCACAGGGCUGACACAACAGGCUGAUAUCCCACGCCAGCACAGCUCCUCCGGUGCCGCUGCUCUGAUGGUUAGCAGCAUCCUCAAGCGCUUCAACGACAUGCACCCGCCACGACAAGGUGAAUGUACAAUAUUUGCGUCGGUCCAUGAACUCAUGGCCAGUCUUACACUGCCACCAGGUGGACGCCCAUAGCAUAUCAUCUUUUUUUAAGCUGGGUCUGGACAUGUUGGACUGAGCACAAGGUGCACACUGCCUACCAGAUUUCAGAGAAGAGAAAUCUGUUAUUGGACCAGGAUGUCAAGCUGUCUGUUCAUAAGAAGGAAUGAAUGAUGAUCAGCCAUAAAACACUUGUAAUGCAAACACUUUAUAAGGAAAGAAUUGUAAAAAGUUCUUAAUGAAUUAACCUCUGCUACUGGAAUCUUCACAUAAAUUAUUUUAAGAAAUUGAAAUGUUCUAUAGAUCUCUUGUGUACAUGCACUUCAAGGAUAAAUCAGUGAAGUAGGUCUACCUAUAAAGUUGUACAUUAUUUUGUAUUUAAGUGUUUAAAAAUAAUAGUAGUUGGAACAGGAAAAAAU